AUGGCUGAAGAGCCAAUCAACGGGCCAACAAAUUGGACUGGCAAUGGGAUUACAAGGAAGCGACGAAUUGCGGCCCCGAUUCUGCUGCUCGGCGUUCUCGUGGCCAACAUCUGCCCGGAAGGAUGGUGUAGUGAUUCUACAAUACCAUCUGAUCAGGUGACCACACCAACCCUCUUGACGCCAAUAGGUUCAGCUUCUCCUAUUGUCCCAGCAACGUCCUACAUAGCUGGGUUUCUCAUAUUCGGCGUAUUUCUAUUUUUUAUGUGUUGUGGACACCAUGUCGUCAGGUGCCUCCAUUUUCUCGGUAGCUGCUGCUCACGUCCCCGUAGACCCCUACAACCCAUCAUUUCACCAAAUAGACGCACACGCCUCAGAUCAACAGGCAGCAUCGGAUCCCCGGAAUGUGUAUCGUCAGUACCGGGCCAAAGGGAAUGGCGGUUUUUGAGGUUGGGUAGACCGCCAACAAACCCUCCGCCUGAUUACGAACAUGUGACGAAAGGAGAGGAAUUGCCGACUUAUGAAGAAGCCAGGUAUUUUGUAGAUCAAUUCAUUGAUGUUGAUAUUAAGAAGGUUGCAUCGAGCCGC